AUGAAAGUAAUAUAUAAGAUAACAUGUAUAAUUUUUUUUUUUAAAUAAAUUUAUAUAUAUUUAUACAUUCAAGUAUUGAUUAUUUAUUUAAGUAAUUUAAUUAAAACACAAGUUAAAACAUUUAAUUUUUUAAUAAUCAAUAUUAUUUUCAAUGGAAUGUUCAUGAAACUUGUGACCUGCCAUCUAUAUAUAAAUAUAAAAAUAUUUGUUACCUUUUUCGUGUUUAUACUUCAAACCUAUUAAAAUUGUACACAUGGAUUAUAUAUUUAGAUAUUACUCAUAUACUGUUUAAAUAAUUAGUGAAUAAUUUAUUAUUUUUUUAUUAAGGUAGGAAAAAUUAUAGUAUACUUUAUUUAGACGAACAUUAAUGAAACAUUAUCGUCAUUUGUUAUGUUUUAUAUAAUAAACUAGAAUGUAUAAGUGUCAGUUAUGAUUAUGACAUUAAAUUUCGUAAUUAAUUAAUUGAUGUUAAAAAUAUGAUAAUUAUUUUAUUGUUUUUAAUGAAUAUUUUGUAAUAUAACAUAGAUUUUACAUUAUAAAUAUACAUGUUUUUUUAUAAUCUUAAAAGAUAAAUUGUACAAUCUUAAAAGAUAGAUACUUAAUAAUUCUAAUAAUACAUCAUGUAUAAUACUGGACCACCACCACCUUAUGAAUCACCUCCAUAUGCACCACCUGGUUAUUCACAAACAGUGGGUGGUGUUCCACCUGCUAGUCCUUUUACAUCUGCUGAAACCUAUACAAAUGGACCAACUAUAGUAACAACAAUUGUUCCACUUGGACCAGGGUCAACACAUACAAUUUGUCCACAUUGUCAUGCAGAAAUUGAUACUACAACGAAAACAGAACCUGGAAUGAUUGCUUAUAUAUCUGGUGUAGUAAUUGCAUUAAUGGGAUGCUGGUUUGGAUGCUGUUUGAUUCCAUGCUGUAUUGAUGAAUGUAUGGAUGUUCAUCAUAGUUGUCCUAACUGUAAAGCUUAUUUGGGCCGUUACAGGAGAUAAAGUAAUACAAUAGUAUUUAUUGCAUUUUGUUUUAAAACUAUUUAAAAGUUGCAUUAUAUAUUGAUAUAUAAUAUAGAACAAUUUUUAAUCUUUAUUAAAAAAUAUUUUCAAAGUUUUAAAUAUACAUAAUUAGACUUAAAUAUUUUUCACAUAAAAGUUUGAUAUAUAAAUGCACAAUGCAAAGUUGCAUAUGAUAUUACAAAUAUAUUUGAUACUUAACACUUUUAAAAGAAGUCAAUAAUAAUAUGGAUUUAAAUAUUAAAUAAAAAAGUUCCUAAAGAUUAAUUUUGCUGAUAUGCUUAUAAACUUUUUCAUCAAAAAAAUACAAAAUAAUUGAAUCAAAUGUACAAAUGGUUAUAAAAUUUAUUAAUAAUUUUGUUUAUAAUAAGUAUUAUAUAACAUAAAUUUUCAUAUGUAACAUAUAUAUAAAUUACUUCUUAAUUGAAAAUAUUUUGAGUACCAUUUCUGUUGGAUACAUAAAUGUUAUACAUAAAAUAUUUCUUUAUUUAAUGUAUUAAUGACUAACAACAAAUAUAAUUAAAAAUCUAUUUUUUUAAAUUGUUAAAAGUAUUGAACUUACACAAUUUAUAUCUUAUAUUUAUAAAAUUUAAUUUAAUGUGUGUGUGUAUAUAUAUGUAUAUAUAUAUAUAUAUAUACACAUAAAAUAUAUAUACACAUAUAAUAUAUUAAUAACAAUAUAUUAUUGAAAAUACAUAUCUUUUGAAAAUAAUGUGUAUUGUUUUUUUUACAAUGAUUAUAAAAAAUUGUAUGUUUUUAGACAAAAAUAAAUACUUUAUAAUAUAUAAUAUAUAAUGAAAUUAUAUUUUAAAAAUAAAAUAUUAAUUAAUAAUGUCAAUAUAAAAUAAAAUUGAUGUAUUACAUAUUAUAUAUAAUUAAUAUCUAUUUUUAAUUUUUAAUAAAAAUAAGAAUGUAACAAUAUAAAUGCAAAUAUAAUAUAUAUAUUCUUAUACAUUUAUAUAAUAUUAUUUAUACUUUUUAUAAAAUAUUUUGUUAGUACGAUAUUGUACAAAAAUAUUUAUUUUCAAUAAAAUAAUAUGAUUUUUAUUUUUUUUAUAAUUAGCAUAUUUGUUUUAAUCAAAAAUUAAUUAUUAUAUAAUCUUUAUAAUAUAUUUUUAUAAAUAAAUAUUGUAUUUUAUAGAAAUAAUAUUAUUAUAAAUGAAAUAUGAAAUAAAUUUGAUUUUCUGAAUUACCCAUA